AAAUAAAGCACAUUGCUGUUGCACUAAAAAAAAGACUAACCUCAGCCUUGACCCGCUCCACGCUGGAUGAGAGAGCGGUCAGCAGCAGCAGCAGCGUGCCCGCAGGGAGCAGCAUCACGGCGGCGACAGAAGGAGCGUCUCCCCGCAGACAAGCACCUGUAUCUCGGCCUCGCUAGUGGUUCCCCUUCGCUUUUAGCGGCGGAGAGCGUUGGCCUGUAUGUUGUUGUCCAGAAGCGAUAUGAAGUUCUGAUCAAUGCAAGAGUGGGUUUAACUUGGGGGGCUUCGUUUGCACCACCCCUCCCCUCAUCCACACCCACCACCCACUGCAACGACCACCCUCACCCAUAAUGCGCACACUUUUGACUUUUCGGUGUAAGAAGAGGGUCCACUCGGCACCCUUUGGUGACGUUUUUUGGGGAGAAUAUUCGAGUAAGUUUGCCGUGAGACGUCCCAUCGCUCCAUUACGCGCGAGCCUGAGGUGGGGCUCAGUCAUGCUUUAAAAAAAGAUCUGCGCGGCGUGAGACUCGUUUUACACAAGUGGAACUAUGCACGGACAUCACAACAGAGUGACGCAUCUCAGGUUGCUGCGGCUGCUGUGCGUGGCCGUCCUCGCCUCAAGUGUGCAUGCAGGUGGGAAGAAGCACAGCGGUCCCUGUGGAGGAAGAGACUGCAGCAGCGGCGGCUGUAAAUGUUUUCCAGAGAAGGGUGCCAGGGGUAACCAUGGGCCUGUUGGUCCUCAAGGUAUCACAGGGCCCCCAGGGAGACCAGGGGAUCCAGGCAUCCAAGGACCAAAGGGGCAGAAAGGUGACCCUGGCCGUGGUGGCAUCAUUGGACCUAAAGGAAACAUGGGAAUGACGGGGGUACCUGGCUUCUCUGGAAACGACGGAAUUCCUGGCCAUCCAGGAAGUGCUGGACCCAGAGGGAAGCCCGGUGCAGAUGGCUGUAACGGUACACAGGGAGAAUCCGGCUUCCCGGGUCUAAUCGGCCGCAGUGGGGCACCCGGUUUUCCUGGACAACUGGGCAGGAAGGGGCAGAAGGGAGACAACUUGGAUGUGGCCGUGUACAUACAGAGAUUCAGGGGAGAUCCAGGCACACCAGGCAUUAAUGGAAUAUAUGGUCCUCCAGGUAACAGAGGAUGGCAGGGUAACCCAGGCCUCACAGGGCCAAAGGGUCCACCAGGGCCCCCAGGGCCACGCGGUCCGAAGGGCACCAUGACUAAAGUAUUCAAGGGGGUUAAAGGUGACCAGGGAGAGAUCGGGCCCCCAGGGCUCCCGGGUAACUCGACCCAUCCUCACACUCUGCCCCCUUAUGGACCUUUGGGACCUCCUGGACCUAAGGGUGUUAAAGGAGAACAAGGAGAUCUGGCUGACAACAAAGGAGAGACGGGCAUUAUGGGAUUCCCUGGAUCACGGGGUCUACCUGGCACACCUGGGAGGCCUGGACCUAGGGGGGAUGAUGGCGAACAAGGACCAAUAGGCAGAGCUGGACUAAAGGGAGUGAGGGGUGAAGCAGGAGAACUGGUUUCAGCAGGGUCCUCGUUUUCAGCAGCCGGUGCCCCCGGUUCCCCUGGUGAGCAGGGUGUACAAGGCGAGAGGGGCCCCAUAGGAGACCAAGGCAUUCCCGGACCACCAGGGCGUCCCCCUUCUCACACGCAGCAACAAGUGUUUGAUUUUGGUGGACCGUUUGGACGGAAGGGCGAGCCAGGAGACAAGGGCCAACACGGGGAACCAGGAAGUCCUGCAGUCACCGCAGGACCUCCGGGUGUCCCAGGUCGCCCAGGUUAUAGGGGGCCUCCGGGUCCCAAAGGAUCAUGGCAAGAGUUCUUCAAGGGGUCUCCUGGAGGAAGAGGGAGGCCCGGAAAUGCGGGCUUCAAGGGAGUCAAAGGUGAUCACGGAGAAUGUGAAUGCACCGUCAACAACUCCCCACCCGGACCUCCCGGCCUUGUCGGUGACCUUGGAGACGUCGGAAUGACGGGCGAGUUUGGCCAAGAGGGUGAUGUCGGAGGCCCGGGUCCCCCAGGACUGGAUGGAUUUCCUGGAACUCCAGGGCUCGCUGGUGAGCCAGGUCCAAAAGGCAGAAAAGGAGACACCGCGGUGGCCACUCAGAAAGGGUAUCCUGGAGACCCCGGGAUUUGGGGCCGAGAUGGUGAACCGGGAAAUCCUGGGGCUCCAGGUCUAGUUGGUCUGCCCGGUUUCCCUGGCAGUCGAGGUCUUCCAGGAGACAAUUCCAAGGGAGAAAGCGGAGAAAAAGGUUCCCCCGGUCUACCUGGUCGUCCUGGUGCACCUGGACUGAGAGGAGAGCCAGGUCCAGAGCUGGAGGGUUUCAAAGGGCAGCCUGGUUUACCCGGUGAUGCUGGCCUCAAUGGCUAUCCUGGAGUUCCAGGAACUCCCGGCAGCCCAGGCGGCUGUAGUCCGACAGGAGAUGGAGGACAGUGGGAUGUGACAGGUCCUUGUGACACUUUUCCAGGACCUCCUGGACUUCCCGGUUCUACUGGACCGAGAGGACUACCUGGUCUCCAAGGUCUUCCAGGUGAAAAGGGGGUCCCAGGUCUAUUUGGACUACAGGGAGAAAAAGGAGAAACAGGGGACUAUGGCCCAGGUGGCCGUCCAGGACCACCAGGUUUUUCCGGGCCCCGUGGUGAUUUGGGCUUCCCCGGGAGGAAGGGGUCAGUGGGAUCUCCUGGCGUUCCUGGGGCGUCCGGACGGAAUGGAGCACCCGGGGACAGAGGAGUUCAUGGUGAAAUCUUGGGCGCAUCGCCUGGACCCCCUGGUGACCCAGGAUUGUAUGGGCUGCAAGGGAAUAGAGGUCAUGCUGGAGAUCAAGGCGAGCCGGGUUAUCCAGGAAUGGGGGGCAUGCCUGGUAUGAUUGGUUCCAAGGGCGACUUUGGCCCUCCUGGCCCACAGGGUGUUGAAGGGAGUACUGGACAGCCAGGCAUUUAUGGAUACCCUGGAGAUUCUGGAAAAGAUGGUCCACCAGGGCCGCCGGGUGCCAUUGGACAACCAGGCUUAACUGGAGAACGGGGAACUGAAGGAAACCCAGGUCCUCCAGGUCCGAUUGGGCUAAUAGGGUACCCAGGGGAGCCAGGUAAUGAUGGUGUUCUUGGAGAGAAUGGCUCACCAGGUAACGCAGGACAGCCUGGACCGGAUGGACGACCAGGAGCUCCAGGAAUGAAAGGAUAUAAAGGGUCUCCUGGCAUGUCAGGCUUUGCAGGGGUCACGGGUAACACAGGUACUAAAGGAUUCAGUGGGGUGAAAGGAGACACUGGACUACCCGGUCAAAUUGGCCUGAGAGGAAUGACAGGUCCAAGUGGAGAAAAAGGUGAUCGUGGUUUGAGGGGUCCGCCUGGGGAGAAGCCUGAGAUCCCCGCAAAGUUGAUUGUCGACAUGAAGGGACCCAAGGGGGACCGUGGAAACCAAGGAAAUAAUGGCUUCACCGGGCCAAGAGGCUUGAAGGGUUUACCUGGUGUUCCAGGCCUUGAGGGAGGCCACGGUUUCCCUGGGGAACCUAGUCAUGAAAAAGGUUUCCAAGGGCAUCCGGGUGCCCAGGGGCUACCGGGGUUGAAAGGAAUGCCGGGUCGUACAGGAAAUCGAGGAAUUUCUGGCUUUGAGGGGAUGAGCGGUGGUAAGGGGGUAAAAGGAAGUCCUGGUGCCUAUGGUGCGACAGGAGAUAAGGGCAGGAAGGGAAUCAAAGGUAACAGAGGACCUCGCAUCGACAUCCCAGGACCAACCGGACUAAGAGGAGAGGUUGGUUCCACAGGAGACCAAGGUGGGAAAGGCUUAACUGGACUGACUGGAGACAGGGGUCUCCCUGGUUUUCAUGGUAUCGAAGGGAAAAGGGGACCGUCAGGUGAUGCAGGCGAUGUGGGAUAUCCAGGCUCAGAUGGACAGCAAGGGACUCCAGGCAACCAAGGUCAGAAGGGUUUUCCUGGACCAUCCGGAAAAGAAGGGCAUCCAGGUUUCCCUGGCUUUCCAGGAAAUAAAGGCUUCCCUGGUCUGGUUGGUCUUUAUGGAUUAGAUGGCCUGAAAGGACAAAAGGGUGUCUCUGGAAUCACAGGUUUGGAUAUCAUCGGGCCAGCUGGUCACCCUGGAGCCAAGGGAGAAAAGGGGGAGGGCGGCACCCUCAACAACCAGACAGGCGCGCCAGGUGUCGCAGGUUCAAAAGGAUUUCAGGGUGAUUUUGGUGACCAAGGCCAACCUGGAUCAGCAGGGUUUCGUGGGCCCGUAGGACCAGAUGGGAAACCAGACAGACCAGGAUCUGUUGGGGAUAAGGGCUUUAGUGGAACUAAAGGGUACCAAGGUUUCCCUGGACCCAGAGGUUUUCCUGGCACUGAUGCUGCCCCUGGAGAAAAGGGUACACUGGGAACACUCGGGUUUCCAGGAGUCCCGGGCAGGAAAGGUUUUAAAGGAGACCAGGGUCCAUUUGGAUAUCGGGGACCAAAUGGGAUUUCUGGGAGGAAAGGUGACAAAGGACAACAAGGCUCAAUGGGGAUUCCUGGUAUGAUUGGGGUCAAAGGUGAGAGAGGCCCAGUUGGCCCUAAAGGAGAUGCUGGACCUUCAGGUGUACGUGGGUUACCAGGAAACCAGGGCUCGGCUCCACUGCCUAUUACACUCCCAGGAGAGAGGGGGCCUCCUGGACCACAGGGCAUUCAGGGACCGAGAGGUGUACAAGGAGAACUGGGACCCCGGGGACCUCCUGGUGAUGCUGGUUUUAUAGGACCGGCUGGGCAGAAGGGCAUGCCCGGAAUAGGUGGCAGACCAGGAACGCCUGGGUUCCGUGGUGAGCCAGGUCAAGUGGGCCAUGCCGGUCUGCGAGGCAUGGAAGGUCACCCAGGAAAAGCAGGCACCCCAGGAUUGCCCGGCAUGCCCGGCCGCAGCGUCAGUGUGGGAUACUUGCUAGUCAAGCACAGUCAGUCCGAGCAGACCCCCAUGUGCCCCGUGGGGAUGUCUAAAUUAUGGGGUGGUUACAGUCUGUUGUACCUGGAGGGCCAGGAAAAGGCCCAUAACCAGGAUCUUGGCUUGGCCGGCUCGUGCCUCCCGCGUUUCAGCACCAUGCCCUUCCUCUACUGCAACCCGGGAGACCUCUGUUACUACGCCAGCAGGAACGACAAGUCCUACUGGCUGUCCACCACCGCCCCGCUUCCCAUGAUGCCCGUGGAGGAGGGCGACAUCAAACCGUACAUCAGCCGCUGCUCGGUGUGCGAGGCGCCGUCGGUCGCCAUUGCGGUCCACAGCCAGGACAUCACCAUCCCGCAGUGUCCCGCGGGAUGGCGCAGCCUCUGGAUUGGCUACUCCUUCCUGAUGCACACGGCCGCGGGAAACGAAGGCGGCGGCCAGUCCCUGUCGUCGCCGGGUUCCUGCCUGGAGGACUUCCGAACGACGCCGUUCAUCGAGUGCAACGGGGCCAAAGGCACGUGCCACUACUUCGCCAACAAGCACAGCUUCUGGCUGACCUCCAUAGAUCAGUCGUUCCAAGCCGAGCCGGCAUCAGAGACGCUCAAAGCGGGCCAGCUCCUGUCCCGCAUCAGCCGCUGCCAGGUCUGCAUGAAGAACUUGUGAUCACCUUCUCCUCGCUAGUUUGUGUCAGUACCAACAUGAAGCCGCAAAAACUGAUCGGUGCCUCGGAGAUGCCAUAAUGGAGCCAGCAGCAUUAUGGAUGUGUUCUACGUAUGAUGUGUCUGCUAUGGUGCUUACUCUUCUAACUUAUUACCUCAGGCAAUCACACAAAGACUGUUCACUACUUCUUCCAGUAGAUGUGCCCGUGAGUGUUACGCUGCAUCCUAACGCCACUAACUCUGCUUGUCCACUACAGCAUCCUUGGUUGCACUACAUCAUUAUUACCCUCUGAGUCUUUCCCUCGUUAUUGUACGCAAACGUCUAUUUUCAGUUACAGCCACAGUCAUGUUCGAUGUUCACGUGCUUACAGAAUGCACUGACUCUCUUUGUUUUGAAGUAUCUGAGUGAACUUGACCUUCCAUUGAGAUUCAUUUACCGCUUUAUUUUUAUAAAUCUACUAAUCAUUAAACCGCCAGGCGCUCACAGCGUAAACAGCCUGGAUCCAAAGUCCACAAGUCUGAUGGUUUGAUUUGGACUUUUUAAAAUUUUUUUUAGUUUGUUUGCUGCUCAGCAAAGUACGCACACACACUUUGUUUCAAUCAGGGAGGGGUGGGAAACCCCCAGGCCGAAUAUAAAAGGCGCUAUGUUUGAUCAAGUGUUUUAAAAAGAGUCGUCGUCUUAUAUUCAGGGUUUAAACAUACAAAUCAGCAGAUGCCAAACAACUUUUCCCCAGGCAAGUCAGAGCUUUUCUUCUUCAAUAUAAGACAGUACUUUUUUUUCUACCCAAGAAAAACAGUAUGAUGAUGGAUCGUCUUGUAUGGAGGGUCUCGAGACUUAGACAUGCAAACAACCAGCAGGUGGCGUCAAACGACUUCUCCCUAUGAGCAAGUCAAAGCUUUUCUGCCUGAAUAUGAAGAUGGGUUGUCUUAUAUUAGGGAUUUACAAAGUUAUACAUGCAAACCAACCAGCAGGUGGCGUCCAACAACUUUUCCUUAUGAGCAAGUCAGAGCUUUUCUUCCUGAAUAUAAGACAGAACUUUUUUUCCCCCAGGAAAAAAAAAAAAAAAAGAUGCGGAUGGGUCGUCUUAUAGCGGGGGUCUGGAGACUUACACAUGUAAACCAACCAGCAGGUGGCGUCAAAUGACUUCUCCCCGUAAGCAAGUCAGAGCUUUUCUUCUUUAAUAUAAGACGGUACUUUUUUUUUUACCCAAGAAAAAAGUAUAAAGAUGGGUGGUCUUUUAUUGGGGGUCUAAAGGCUUACACAUGCAAACCCACCAGCGGGGAGCACGAAACAACUUCUACCCUGAAAGUUUCCCCAGUCAAGAGUUUUUCUUCCAGUCAUUCACACACCAACCACUGACCUGGAGCGCUGCAGAAAUCCGGGACAGAGUCCUGCCUGGAAAAACAGCGUUUCCAAGGUAAAUGUUAGCAAAUCAGCAGAGGAGUUCUGAUUGUUUUAAGAUAAUAAGCAGAGUCAAUAAACUGUCAAAGAGCUAAGAAAUGGAAUAUUAAUGUCAUGAUAUUUAAAACACUUUGUUUAAUACACAAUAUUUCUCAAUUGUCUUACGUUGGGGUGCCUGGUUCCCUACGCCUUUAAAUAAAUCCAUGAUUGUUUCAUAAUACUGUAAAUUGAUAAAAAUGCUUCUAAGGGUCACCACCGUGUGAUUUCAUUAAAGGGUUACUUUGGAUUUUCUGACAUGAAGUUGUGUGACUUCCCCUUCAGCACUGUAGUCCAAUAACAGCGACAGAAGGCAUUUUUGUGAUGCAAAUGUAUUCAUCUUUUGAACGCAUAUAGUUUUGAGAAGCCAAACUACUUAAAUGCCCCCAGCAACGAAGCGGAACGACGUUCUUCAUCACAGAAAUCUGACCAGAACUGGACUUGGGGGACCAAGUGGGGGUGAGUCGCUGUCAUCUUCAUGUCAGAAAAUCCAAACUACCCCUUUAACAGACGGCGCCAGCUGCAAAAUAAAAGUCUUUAUCAGGACACUUUGUCACAUUCACCGAGGGUCUGUGCGCCAUCAUCAUGCGAUCAUUCAUCUUCCGCAGCAACAUCAAAGAAAGGAGCACGGACGCAGGUAACAGAACAUUUAAAGUGAUCCAUGAAAGCAUUACUAAACAGAGUGCAACGUGCCACCCACAGGACAAUUAGUGCUGUUAUUCUUCCAAAACAUAAAAAGGUUCUAAAGUGUACUUGGUGGCAGCAGACGUCUUUGGCUCAACUUGCUGGGACACGUUUGGCUUCACAGUGUUAAAUGAUGUGGUUUCUCCUUCAAUGCUAUACUGAAGUGGUACCAUCAGUCGUUAAAACCCCGCCCCCUUCUAAGGGGAUCCUAGCAGCAUGAGGGGCGCUCCCGCUUGCCGCUGGCGCCUCUGCACUCCUCCAAGUUCACGGUGGGAGACUCCUGGUUCUGGUUCCUCUUCCUGAGCAUGGAGGGCAGCACCAGGUCGAACAGCGUCUCAAACAGAGCGUCUACGUUGUAGCCCGUCUUGGCGCUGGUCUCGAAGCACAUGUUCUCCGCAGGCAAGCUGCUCCUCUCAUCGGCGCCCUUGUAGCGAAGUAUCCGCCCGUAGAAGGCAAUGGCGUCCUCGCGGCACACCUGCUUCUGCAGCGUGACGACCGGGAUAGACACGGGCGAGGCCGGAGGCGUCGGGCAAGCGGAGAGCACCUCGGAUUGGUCCUCCGCCGAUUCCGUUUGGCCCUCCCCCUGAGACAGCUGGGCUUUAGUGUCCGUGAGGUCGGCCUUGUUGCCCACUAGGGCGUAGAUGCAGUCGUGGUUUGCCGUGUCCGUCAGGGACAGGAAGCGCUCCUCCAGCUCAGCGAGGCUCUGCCAGUUGGUGACGUCAUAAGUCAGGAUGAUGGCGGCGGCACCCCGACAGUACAUGGAGCCCAAACCAUGGAACUGUUCCCGGCCUGCGAAGACAAGGCAGAUGUAAAGAGCCUUGCGAAAUGAGAAGUCUGUGAAGGCCAGUGGUGUAAAUUUACAAUACACCAAAGUGCUUCAGCAAGCCCUGCUGUGACCACGCCGCCUUGUGUUCAUCCGUCACUGACGGACAGCUGGUGGGCAGAGAUCCAGCGCUUUAAGAUGUGUAGCGAAGCCUGAUUUUUUUAAUUAUUUAUUUUCCACAAAGCUCAUCUCCGUCCAGUGGUGGCCGUAUACACAGGACGGGUUCAUCACGCUCAGGGCGGGUCACAGGCGGUACCGGAGUUUUUCCCCGUAAUUUCAAAAGCGACCGUUUGAGCGCCUCUUCGUAGAGGUUCCUCACGUUUGGUGCUCUGGUCUUGCGAGGGUGUCCAAAGUGCAGCCCGUGGCUCGUAUUUUUUAUUGGUCCUUUGUAGAAAUAAGAUUAAACUGAAAAAAUGGAGAAAAAAGGCACAGUGUACUGAGAAAAGGCUGACACCUGACAUGCUGAUACUCACAACUAACAAUAACAUCACGCUUUGUCUUUUUUAUUUUUUUUACAAAAUGUACAAAAUACACAAAGUGAUCCUGUGAUUUUUCAGUAGGCGGCCCGCGGUGUAGAAAGUUCGGACACCCCUGCUUGAGGGACGACGAAGGGUGUCCAAACGUUUUCUAGCAUACAGAAAAAUCAACGGCUGCCAACCCAUGAGGACAUGCUGAGAACUUUUUUAUCCAUCCAUUUUCUAUGCCGCUUCUCCUCAUUAGGGUUGCGGGGGCAUGCUGGAGCCUAUCCCAGCUGCCUUCGGGUGAGAGGCGGGGUACACCCGGGACUGGUGGCCAGCCAAUGGCAGGGCACAUAUAGACAAACAAGCAUUCACAGUCACAUUCACACCUAUGGACAAUUUAGAGUCGCAUGUUUUUGGAAUGUGGGAGGAAACCGGAGUACCCGGAGAAAACCCACACGCAUGGGGAGAACAUGCAAACUCCACACAGAGAUGCCCAACGGAGAUUCGAACAGAUCUUCCUGACUGUGACUGUGUGGCCACCAUGCUAACCACGAGACCACCGUGCGGCUGACGAGCAUAUUAUUAGCAUGAAUGAAGUCUUUCUCCUGACGUUACACUUUUGUUUGUUUUUGCAGUUUAUUGAAUUUUUUACAAAGUAUUUAAACUUUUUUCUUGCACAUUUUUUUCGUCCUCAUAUUAAGUUUUUAUUCUUAUCAUAUUUUCACUUUUAUUAGCGUAAUUUUGUAACUUUUACCAAACAAAAUUUCCUAAAAUUAAGUUUUUUUUCUUUGUUUUGUUUGUUUCUCAUAAUAUCACCACAGUUUAAAAAUGACAUCUUCAGUCAACUUUAUGCUAAUUUUUCUUUUAAUAUCAUGACUUUAUUCUCAUUCAAUUACUGCUGUUUUUUCCCCAUUUUUGCUUCUUUUUUGUUUUUUUCUAACUUUUCUUGUUUAAUUGCAUUUUCAGAAUGUGCCGAGGGCCAAUAAAAAGCAGCGCUUUGCACACCCCUGUGUUAGCACAUCAUUUUAAAUGUACUUUUGCAUAAUAGGGGACAAUUAAAAUAAGAAUAUUGAAAACAUAAUUUGCACACCUGGUGGUCCUGGUGUUUCACAUCCUGGUGAUUAUUGACCCUGUCGUGUGCAACACGACUCCUUGCUUGGUGAGUAUGAACGCUGUCGUAUUGAAGAAAAGAAAAGUCAGCAGUUUGGACGCAGCAACAAAACAAGCUCUGUUUUUGUCGCAGCCCACAUCACGCACGUAGCAUGAGGGUUCCCACCGCAGUGGCUCUUUAUCAAGCACUGACUCGAGAGCCUCCUGUUUCCGUGCCGCUGGGGUUGAGAACGACGUUGGCGGGAGAGGUCCAUGCUGUGGAUGCAGCUCAGCUAGCAGUUGCAGCCAAGUAGUGCACUUCAUUUUGCCACAAUUGCCCGAAGAUGGCGGGGUUGUUUUCCAAAUAUUUCCACGAUAUUAUGACUUUAUUUGCAUAUUAGAACUUGUUUCCUAAGCUACUUUUCCACAAAUUGCAACUGUAUUUUGUUUUGUUCAUUUCUAAUAAUUGUAUGAGCUUAUUUACUUUAUGACUGAAAUAUUUCAACUCUGUGCAACGAUGCUACUAUUUUUCCUCCUGAUAUUUUCAUUUUGUCUUUCCUUCUCGUUAGAAUACGACUCUUUUUCUCGUUGUAUUUGGACUUCAUCCUCGUAAAAUGACAGCAGGUUUUUCAUAAUUGUGAUUUUAUUCCCAUAAUAUUUUGACUUUGUCCUCGUUACAUUAUACCUUUUUGUGCAACUUCAUUUUCCAAAACUGACAACUUUGUUUUCCUCAUAAUAUUACUGCUUUCAAAAAAUAGUGUCCAUUUUUUUGAAGCUGCUAAAAUGAUGUCAGUUUUCCUCGUAAUAAUACGACGUCAAUCUUGUAAAAACACGA